AUUAUUAUUAUUAUUAUUUUCUUUCAAGUCUAUCUCAUCGCAUACUUUACUUUCUCUUCUGUAUAAGAGAAACAAAGACACUUUUCUUUUUUGGUUUUUUUUCGUUUACUUUCUUAUUGUUUACUUGGCUUAUCCUGCUCAUCGAUCCAGCUAUUUUUUUACUACUUAUUUUAUUUUUUUUAUUCAAUCUUCAUCUAUUUUUCUCAUCAACCUUUUUUUAAAAAAAAGAAAGAAAGAUGCUUCAAACAGCAAGACAACAAGACAAUAGCGCACUAGAAGAUGUGUUUGAACCUUACAAACUAGAUGAUCUGAUGAUGCCACGUUUAAAAAGCCGGUAUCUGGGCAUGGCUUCUCUUCAACUAGGAUCUCUUGUGUACUCCACCUGUACUUUCUUUGAGAUUGCUGUAUCGGAAAAUUCAGAAUCAUCCAGUUCAGAAGAGGAAGAAGAAGUACCAUCCGAUGGACUGGAUCCCUUGCCGCCAAAAAAGAGAAAGCGUCCCAUGAACAAGAUGAAGCGUACACUUGUGUUCUGUACAGACAAAACAGACGUCAUGUCUUGUCAUCAAGCGUUUUAUACAUUUCCUCGCAAUGCCGUAACUGAAUGUCUCACACAGAUGGCACCUCAUAAGAUGGUGUUUUCGUUUUUCCCUUGUGCUUCCGUGGGUCCAUGUGAGCCUAUGGAAGGAUCUUUCAAGACAGCAUUGGAGGCAUUUGCUGCUGUCUGUAGUAAUAGCUGUCAGUAUCAUCAUGAUGGUCAUGUUAAUAAUGCCAUGAUAUCCAACGUCUCUCAUGAACUCUACCAAGCAAUCAAAUACAUGGUAUCGAAUUAUGAAGCAAUGUGUCAAAAUAUGGUGGCCUUGAUGAAGUUACAUCAUGAAGAAGUAAUACAUCAUAAAUCAGAAAUGGUAUUAAUGCCUGAAAUACAUCCUCAUCAACAAGGAGAACAACAACAACAACAAGAGCAACAAGAUAUGUCGCCUGAACCCAUUCAAGCAGAAGAAACACAGAAACAAGAAGAAGAAGAAGAAGAAGAGCAAGAAGCAGUUGUAAAAGAAGAAUCGCGUUUACUUGCUAAGCCUAAAUCCAAUCCAAACCAAAACCAGAUCAAGAAAUGCCUUUAUUGUGGCUCUAAAUCCACUCCUAUGUGGCGCCGAGGUCCUCAAGGUGCAGGCACACUCUGUAAUGCAUGUGGUGUCAAAUGGAAGCACGGCAAGAUACUGAGUGAACAUCCUGAUCAAUACACAUUGGAACGUCGACCUAGUAAACCAGAAAGAAAAAGGAAAAAAUCAACCAGCAAACGAACCACCAAGAAAAGAGCCACCAGUGUGCCUCAACAAGAUGAUGUGAUACAUGAAUAUUAUGCUGUACCUACUCAACCUCAAGUAUGGGAAAGUACUUCAAGUUCUACAUCCGAUUCAUGUAGUCCUUUAGAAUCACCUAGUCUUUUGUUAGAAAAAAGACAGGAAACAAAAAGAGAUUUAAGUUCUAUCAUGACUUAUGAUACAGAAACACUUUCUGUUUAUGUGGGUGAAGAUGCUGUAGAAGCUGCGGCAGUGCUAACGCUCUUAAAAAGAAGUUAAAUUCUUUAUGUGUACAUAUAUCUCAAUCGUAGUAAUAAUAAUAAAAAAAAAGCAUAAAAAAAGGAUGUAUCGAAUAAAGAAUCAAGCUCAAUGACAAGGCUUUGACUAACAAAAGUUCUAAACAGAAGUUGAAAUAAACAAAAGUCUCAAACUCAUACAUAUUAGAAUCCAACAUAUCAAUUCUCUUUUAAAGAUCAUGAUGAA